CGCGGAAAAAAAGGAAAAAGGCUCGAUUCGCUGUUGCCUCAUUGCCUGCCACAGCUCGCCGCGGACGCCGUCGCCGCUCAAGUGAAGUCCGGAGUGGGGGCUUGCGAUCUCCGCUGCGGGCGCGGAAGAUGGCUGACCCAGAGUUGGAAGCUAUCAGGCAGAGACGGAUGCGAGAACUACAACACGGUGCGGCAAAUCAGCAAAAUGCGGGCCAACAAAAGGCUCAGGAAGACGCGAAACAGGAAGCUGAGGAACGCCGGCAGAUGAUGCUUGCUCAGAUAUUAUCUUCUGAAGCAAGAGAAAGGCUUUCCCGCAUAGCUUUGGUCAAACCUGACAAAGCAAGAGGGGUGGAGGAUGUUUUGCUGAGAGCUGCUCAAACUGGUGGAAUAUCUGAGAAGGUGUCUGAAGAAAGACUUAUCUCCCUUCUAGAACAAAUUAACAGCCACACAAGCAAGCAAACCAAAGUUACGAUUCAGAGGCGUCGGAAUGUCCUUGACGACGAUGAUUAGAUGCAACCUGCAAGGCUCUGCUUCGAGUGUAUUAUUGGCUUGUGAUAAAUUAAAAGUGGUACCGAACUGUUUAGACAAUGAUCUCAUGCGACUAUCAGCAGCAAUGAAAACUUGGUACUUGGUAGACUAUUUCAUUGGAUAUUCGGCGGUAUAUGAUCCGAUGUCUUAUUUUGGUGUGUGUGCCCCCAUCGAGGACAGUCGAUAUUGGCUGUGUUUAUCCCCGAAACACUGUUCUUCCUUGAGUCAUGGCAUUAUUAAUGGGUGCGUUUUGCACUCAUU